UUCAUUUCUCUUCUUUUGUACUGUUUGUUCAUCAUUCUUCAGCUUCCAUCUUCAACCAAUCGACGUCAUCGCCCCGCCUCGCCACUUUUCUGCUUUCCUAUUUCAAUCUUCCAUCUCAUCUCAUCAUCUCACCUCAUCUUCUCUCUUACAUCCAUUUCUCCUAUUUCCAACAUUAAAAUAAAAAAUGGCAUACUACGACCGCCACUAUUAUCCACCCCGCGAUCGCAACCCCCCUCCCUACCAAGGCACCAUGGACGUCGUCCCCGGCCGAGGUAGUCACGACUCCAUCCCCCGCAGCGAGCACCCUUCCAACUACGACUACUACGGGGGCUACGGCCACAGCAACGGGAGUGGCUACGCGCAUGGCUAUCCUCCAACUCACUCGCGGCAUCCGUCCCGCGUAGCUACUAUCCAGGAGGGUUCUCGUCGGCCGCACAGCAGCUACUACGAUGGGUAUGAUGACCGUGGCCAUCAUCGACGACACCGUCACCAUCGCCCCAAGAAUGAUUACUAUGAUGACCGUGGUCGCUCUCACCGGCAUCGCAAGGCGUACUCUGUUUCGCCGUCUCCAAGCCGUGGCCGAUCUCGCAGCCGCGCCCGCGGCAGCAAGAAGAGUACCCGCAGCAAGAGCGAGGAGAAAAUGCAGCAGGCCAUCCGUGCAGCCAUCACAGCAGGUGCCAUCGAGGCGUUCCGCGUCCGCAACGAACCAGGUGAAUGGAAAGGUGAAAAGGGAAAACGCAUCCUUACUGCCGCGAUAACGGCCGGUGGUGCGGAUGGACUUGUUGACAAGGAUCCCCGCAAGCACGAAAAGAGACACAUCAUCGAGUCUACGCUGGCGGGUCUUGCCACGAACCAUUUUGUGAACGGGUCACGCUCGAGAUCGAGGCCAAGGUCUCGUGAUGGCGGCCAUGGUCAUAGGCGCGGUCGCUCCAAGAGCCAUAACCGGGGGAAGGAGCUUGCGGCGGCAGGACUGGUCGCUGCGGCAGGAAAGAAGGCGUAUGAUCGUUACCGGUCCAAGUCCCGUCCUCGUGGAAGUGGAGGAGGUGGACGGUCCCCUUCGCGAGGCCGUGCAUACUCGGAUGAAGAUGGAUACGACAGCUAUGACGGAUCGCCCCGUCCUUCCCGCGGCUCUAAGAAGCGAAGCAAGAGUGUCUCCGAUUACAUCAGCAAGGGCCUCGCCUCGUUAGGCAUUGAAGAUUCGAAGGACAAUGACAGCCAAAGCCACAGGGGCAGUGACAGAGACGGCAGGGACCAUGAUCGGCGCCGUAGGCACCACCAUCACCGCCGUCGAUCCUCGCCCCCUCCCUCCGACGGCUCGUAUUCCGACGAUAGCGGAACUGCAAGUGAUGAUUCCAGACGUCGUUAGAAGAAUCCCCCGAGACAGAGCCAUAGAGCCAUAAAGAUGUAAGACAAGACCCCUACUCCGUUUCUGGCCCUGACCCACCCGGACCUUGGAUCUGCAAGGGUUCGUUCCGAGUUUUGAGCUUGAGGCUAAUUUAUGCAGUAACGUUAACCGUUGAGUCCCUAUUGACGGUUUGAUGGAAUUCUCCUAGGGCAGGGGGU